AUGAGCACCAUGCGCCUGCUGACUCUAGCCCUGCUUUUCUCCUGCUCCUUCGCUCGCGCCGCCUGCGACCCCAAGAUCGUCAACAUCGGCGCGGUGCUCAGCACGCGGAAGCACGAGCAGAUGUUCCGCGAAGCUGUGAAUCAGGCCAACAAGAGGCAUGGCUCCUGGAAGAUCCAGCUCAACGCCACCUCCGUCACCCACAAGCCCAACGCUAUCCAGAUGGCCCUGUCGGUGUGCGAAGACCUCAUCUCCAGCCAGGUCUAUGCCAUCCUAGUUAGCCACCCGCCUACCCCCAACGACCACUUCACACCCACCCCCGUCUCCUACACAGCCGGCUUCUACCGCAUCCCCGUCCUGGGGCUGACCACGCGCAUGUCCAUCUACUCAGACAAGAGCAUCCACCUGAGCUUCCUGCGCACCGUGCCGCCCUACUCCCAUCAGUCCAGCGUCUGGUUCGAGAUGAUGCGCGUCUACAGCUGGAACCACGUCAUCCUCCUGGUCAGCGACGACCACGAGGGCCGGGCGGCGCAGAAGCGCCUGGAGACGCUGCUGGAGGAGCGCGAGUCCAAGAGUAAAAAAAGGAACUAUGAAAACCUCGACCAACUGUCCUAUGACCACAAGCGCGGACCCAAGGCGGAGAAGGUGCUGCAGUUCGACCCGGGGACCAAGAACGUGACGGCGCUGCUGAUGGAAGCGCGGGAGCUGGAGGCCCGGGUCAUCAUCCUCUCCGCCAGCGAGGACGACGCUGCCACCGUGUACCGCGCAGCCGCGAUGCUGAACAUGACGGGCUCGGGGUACGUGUGGCUGGUGGGGGAGCGCGAGAUCUCGGGGAACGCCCUGCGCUACGCCCCGGACGGCAUCAUCGGGCUGCAGCUCAUCAACGGCAAGAACGAGUCGGCGCACAUCAGCGACGCCGUGGGCGUGGUGGCCCAGGCCGUGCACGAGCUGCUCGAGAAGGAGAACAUCACCGACCCUCCGCGGGGCUGCGUGGGCAACACCAACAUCUGGAAGACAGGGCCGCUCUUCAAGAGGGUGCUGAUGUCUUCCAAGUACGCAGACGGGGUGACCGGCCGUGUGGAAUUCAACGAGGACGGGGACCGGAAGUUUGCCAACUACAGCAUCAUGAACCUGCAGAACCGCAAGCUGGUACAAGUGGGCAUCUACAACGGCACUCAUGUCAUUCCCAAUGACAGGAAGAUCAUCUGGCCAGGCGGAGAGACCGAGAAGCCACGUGGCUAUCAGAUGUCCACCAGGCUGAAGAUUGUGACGAUCCACCAGGAGCCCUUUGUGUAUGUCAAGCCUACGCUGAGUGACGGCACAUGCAAGGAAGAGUUCACCGUCAAUGGGGACCCGGUCAAGAAGGUGAUCUGCACAGGGCCCAAUGACACGUCGCCGGGCAGCCCGCGCCACACUGUGCCCCAGUGCUGCUACGGCUUCUGUAUCGAUCUGCUCAUCAAGCUGGCGCGGACCAUGAAUUUCACUUACGAGGUUCACCUGGUGGCCGACGGCAAGUUCGGCACGCAGGAGAGGGUGAACAACAGCAAUAAGAAGGAGUGGAACGGGAUGAUGGGCGAGCUGCUCAGCGGGCAGGCGGACAUGAUCGUGGCCCCGCUGACCAUCAACAACGAGCGCGCGCAGUACAUCGAGUUCUCGAAGCCUUUCAAGUACCAGGGCCUGACCAUUCUGGUCAAGAAGGAGAUCCCGCGGAGCACGCUGGACUCCUUCAUGCAGCCCUUCCAGAGCACGCUGUGGCUGCUGGUGGGGCUGUCCGUGCACGUGGUGGCUGUGAUGCUCUACCUGCUGGACCGCUUCAGCCCCUUCGGCCGGUUCAAAGUGAACAGCGAGGAGGAGGAGGAGGAUGCGCUGACCUUGUCUUCGGCUAUGUGGUUCUCAUGGGGCGUCCUGCUCAACUCAGGCAUCGGGGAAGGUGAGGCGACGCCAGGCCAGGGCCCCGUCCCGCCCCGCCGCCCGCCCCGAACUGACGGUCCUCUGCCUGCAGGCGCCCCCAGAAGCUUCUCGGCGCGCAUCCUGGGCAUGGUGUGGGCGGGGUUCGCCAUGAUCAUUGUGGCCUCCUACACCGCCAACCUGGCGGCCUUCCUGGUGCUGGACCGGCCCGAAGAGCGCAUCACCGGCAUCAACGACCCGCGACUGAGGAAUCCCUCGGACAAGUUCAUCUACGCCACGGUGAAGCAGAGUUCGGUGGACAUCUACUUCCGGCGGCAGGUGGAGCUUAGCACCAUGUACCGGCAUAUGGAGAAGCACAACUACGAGAGCGCGGCGGAGGCCAUCCAGGCCGUGCGAGACAACAAGCUGCACGCCUUCAUCUGGGACUCGGCCGUGCUGGAGUUCGAGGCCUCGCAGAAGUGCGACCUGGUGACCACGGGCGAGCUCUUCUUCCGUUCGGGCUUUGGCAUCGGCAUGCGCAAGGACAGCCCCUGGAAGCAGAACGUCUCCCUGUCCAUCCUCAAGUCCCACGAGAACGGCUUCAUGGAAGACCUGGACAAGACGUGGGUUCGGUACCAGGAGUGCGAUUCGCGUAGCAAUGCCCCUGCUACCCUCACCUUCGAGAAUAUGGCAGGGGUCUUCAUGCUGGUGGCUGGGGGCAUCGUGGCCGGGAUCUUCCUGAUCUUCAUCGAGAUCGCCUACAAACGGCACAAGGACGCCCGGCGGAAGCAGAUGCAGCUGGCGUUCGCGGCGGUGAACGUGUGGAGGAAGAACCUGCAGGAUAGAAAGAGUGGUAGAGCAGAACCCGACCCUAAAAAGAAAGCCACUUUUAGGGCUAUCACCUCCACCCUGGCUUCCAGCUUCAAGAGACGUAGGUCCUCCAAAGACACGCAGUACCAUCCCACUGAUAUCACGGGCCCGCUCAACCUCUCAGAUCCCUCGGUCAGCACCGUGGUGUGA